AUGGAGGAAUCCAGGACAUGGAGCCAAGCACCUUCGACCUCGGUACGUGGACGAGUGCUGGAUGGCCAUGAGGCCUGGAGUAAUCGUGGCGCUUCGAUAAAACGACAGCGUGGUACUAGUAGGAGAGAGUGGAGGGACAGGCGGAGGAGAAAAAGGCGAAAACCAUUCAGUGAAAAAGUUGCUGACUGGUUCCGGGCAUUUCUUGCUUUUUUAUUCAGCAAUGUGGGAAUUGUUUGCUUAGUGAUUGGUUACACCGUAGCUGGUGCCUUCAUUUUUGAAUUUAUCGAGAGUGGAAAUAGCAGGAGAAUUGGAAGUGGGUAUUUUAUACCCAGAACGAGGAAUGACACGGCUGGGGUAUUGUGGAAUUUAACUUAUAAGGAAAAUAUAUUCUCCGAGACAAUAUGGAAGAGCAAGGUCGAUAAAAUACUGCUGAAUUAUCAGAAAACUGUAAUUGACGCUGUGAAAAGUGGAUGGGACGGUACAGACUCGGACAAUCGAAAGUGGAGCUUUGCCGGUUCUUUUCUGUACUCUUUAACCGUCAUAACGACCAUUGGAUACGGCAAUAUGUGCCCAAAGACAAUGUCAGGCAAGGUGAUUACCAUAGGCUAUGCCAUUGCUGGUAUGCCACUGUUUCUACUCUAUCUCAGCAACAUUGGCGACAUACUUGCUAGGAGUUUCAAGUGGACCUAUGCACGCUGCUGUCUGUGCAGAUGCAGAAAGAGGCCAAGAGUACCCCGUGAUCCAUCGAAUGCUGAACCAUACAAGAACACUUGGCAGAUGGUCAGAAUGCAGUCCGGCAGAGUGGACACGGUGAGUCUAGAUGGUGAAAUUGAGUCCAUGUCAAAGACAACGGGCAGCGACGAGGAGAACGAGGAGGACAGUGAGGAUGAGGACGACGAGAGCGAUCGUUACGAUCCCCAACGCAUUACAGUACCAUUGACCCUUUGUCUCGGUAUAAUGGUGGGGUACAUCUGCGGUGGAGCCCUGUUAUUUUCAGAAUGGGAGGAGUGGGGCUUUUUAGACGGCUCCUACUUUUGUUUCAUCUCCCUCUCGACAAUUGGCUUUGGUGAUAUUGUCCCAGGUGACAAGAUAUACUCCGGCCAAGGGAUCGAGCUGUCCUUCAUAUUUUGCUCAAUGUAUCUCAUGCUAGGCAUGGCUCUGAUAGCGAUGUGCUUCAACCUGAUGCAGGAAGAAGUGAUGGCUAAAAUGCGAUCGUUCACGCGAACAGUGAAGCACGUACUCAGAUGCGACAGAUAGGAUAACGUUUUCUACUCGUCUCUUGCACACAUACAUACAUGU